AGAGCGAUAGAGAGAGCGUUGAGUUAUAUAGAGAGAGACGAAGACAGAGAGUGAAAAGCACAACAGAGAUUGUCUUAAGAGAGAGAGAGAGAGAUGGCUAGUGGAAUCGCUCGUGGUCGUUUGGCUGAGGAGAGGAAGUCGUGGAGGAAGAAUCAUCCUCAUGGUUUUGUGGCGAAGCCGGAGACUGGGGCUGAUGGUUCUGUGAAUCUAAUGGUGUGGCAUUGCACUAUUCCUGGUAAAGCCGGUACUGAUUGGGAAGGUGGAUUCUUUCCAUUGACGAUGCACUUUAGCGAGGACUAUCCGAGCAAGCCUCCCAAAUGCAAAUUCCCACAAGGCUUUUUCCACCCUAAUGUCUAUCCAUCGGGGACUGUCUGUCUCUCCAUCCUUAACGAGGAUUCCGGAUGGAGACCAGCCAUCACAGUGAAGCAGAUUCUUGUCGGUAUCCAGGAUUUACUUGACACCCCUAAUCCCGCUGACCCUGCACAGACUGAUGGUUAUCAUCUCUUCAUCCAGGAUGCAGUUGAGUACAAGAAACGGGUUAAGCUACAGUCCAAGCAGUAUCCUCCCAUUGUCUAAAAACAUCAGAACGGAACACACCGAAACUGAUGACAAACCUCUGAAUCUUUUGUGGUCUUUUGUGAUUGUGUUUAAAUGUAAUCGGGUGAUUAAAAAAAAAACUCCUCAUUUUGGCACCUUUGAGACACUUACUAGAAUCUCUUUUAUUUCCAGAAAACAAAAUUUAUCUUUUUAUCUGUUUAACUGUUAAUAUUCUUGUUACUACUAUUAUUGUACUGAUUAAGUUUGGGUCUGCUUCUGUUUUAUACAACAUUUCCUAUGUUCUCUGGUCCA